AGAAAACUCUUAAUUCAAGUUUGCAUGACUCACAUUUCUGUUUGUCAAAAGAGCUUGAAAUUUUAGAAGAAAAAUUUGGGCCCAAUACAAGAGAAGGAAAGAAAAUUAUUUCUUUUCACAAGGCUUUAGAGGAAGAGCAUUUGAACAGUGAGUAUCUGCAUAUGUAUAUUUUAGUAAUUGAGAUGCUACACCUCUGUGCUGCAUAUAUAGCGAAAGAAAAGCUUCCGGACAGUGAGCAUCCACAAA